GAUAUGCUUUAAUAUUUCAGUAUUUUGAACUGACCAUAAAUAUGCUGACGGGCGACCUCACCCAACGCCAAUCGGUUACGGUGCAAUUCACAGGUCACUUGUGGUUUUUCUGCUUCCCAUCAUCGAUGGCCAGCGACAUGGCUACCCCUAUAUUCCCAGUAUCAUCGCAAAUAGUGCUGCUGUACAUCUCGUUGAUAGUGAUUAUGACUGUUUCGGUCGAUAGUGCCACCGAGACCAAUAACGAUUACGAGCGAAAUGUGUUAAAAUUGAUAUUCGACUUUAUCGUCGCCUAUAAACGAUUGAAGUUUGGCAUAGUUUUUACGUGCGCCGAGCGGCCGUUCGUGUUUUACGACGUGACAAAACGAUUAAUGGAGGGAAAUAUUAGCCUCCGAGCGAUUAACAUCGACGGUUAUCCGCGUGUCACUGGGGAUGGAGAAGGGUACAAUGGUGGAGAUGAUCCGAGUGAUGAAACAUAUGCAAUACUCAUGCGAAACUUGAUAUCCCAUCACCAGUUCGUGCUGUUGGAUCUAGAGUGUGCAAAUGCGGACGUCGUUCUACAACAGGCCUCCCGUUACGAGCUUUUCAACGGUUCGUUCCACUGGUUAAUAAUUGAUAAAAAGCCAAAAAUCGACAACUCCAGCAGCAUCAGCGGUUCAUUCACCGACGCGAUUGCAGUGGCCGCAUCCGACCCAGAACGAUGGACCAGCGAGUACCGAUUACGUGCAGAACACGGCCCACUUCGCCGUUGCCCAUUGGCAAAUUUAACAAAACCAUCCAUCCCGCCCGGUGAACAUUUUGGCUUUACUGGACCCGUCGAUGGCCGGCAGGACGAUGAAGGAGAUGAUGCUGCUGCUGUUGGUGAUUAUUACGAUGCUGGUCCGGUUGAUGGCGACGUAGUUGAUGAAACUUUUGGUCGGUUCGAAACAAUGUACAUCAGUAUCAACGCGGAAAUUACCUUGGUAAAAGCACUAAUGGCGGAUGCAUCCUAUCGGGCUUUUGCGCUGUUCGAUGUAUGGAACCCCGGCUUCAUCAGUGGUGGCCGGUUGAAUGUAACUGCCAUGGGAAAUUACACCGUGGAUCACCACUACCGUGACGACGGAAACGGACACCGCCGCCGCAACAGUGGCCGACUGUACGUGCGUUUCCGAGAGAGCACCGUCGUGCGCCGCCGGGACAUGAAUGGGCUUAGGCUGAAGAUAAUGACCGUUGUGACGCAGAAACCGCGCGAACCGUUUGAAGUGUACCUGUCGACACCGAAAAACACCCACCUGGACUCGGUGCACCGGUACAACUUUGGGCUUAUGAGCUAUCUGAAGAGCUAUUUUAAUUUCAGCUUCAUUAUGAGACGGACCAAGAGCUGGGGCUAUCUGCGAAAUGGCACAUUUGACGGGAUGAUUGGUGCACUGGCCAGGCGGGAAGUUGAUCUCGGAGGGUCACCGAUGUUCUUCCGCCAGGAGCGGCAUCGGGUGGUCAGCUACACGACACGGUCGUUCAUAGAGAGACCAUGCUUCAUAUUUCGGCAUCCAAGGCGACAGCAUACCAUGCGGAAUCCCUUCCUUCUACCGUUCGAAACCGCGAUCUGGUACAUGAUGGUGGUUUGUGGCGCAAUCCUGGUUGUGGUUCUGUUCACUAGUUUCUACUUUGAGGAAUCAGGCUUUGUUCGCAGAGGAAAAAGUUCGAUACACGCUAACAAGUUUGGCUCUUUGAAAAUUGAAGAUGACGAAAGUUAUUACGGAGAUAGUUUCCAUCUCAAUGGCUCCGGUAUCGGAAGGCGGCUUCCCGAGUCACAACAACUGCAGUUCCAUCGACAUCAGCAAUGGGGUGAUAGCACAAAGGAAAAUGUACUUUUUAAUGACACAAAUAAAAAUAACGACGAUGAUCCACGCCAUCAUCAUCAUUAUCAUCAUCGUCACCUCCGCCGAUGUCUUGAGCGCUGCUGCAGCAGUCGUCAACGGUGGAAAACAUUGAGCCGGAGGCAUCUUUUGAGUCGACAUCAACAGCGGGAAGCUCCGACAGCAACAGCAACAGCAGCAGCGUGUGCAAAUAACAGCAGCGAAAACAUCAACAUCAAAACGGCAAAGGCGGAAACUGGUGCCGGCAGUAGACGAGGCAUGUCGCUGCAACAAAGAGUGCAUUUUUCCCAUCAGCAACAGCAGAAGCAGCAUCCAUUCAACAACAGCGACGACAAUCGCGUGGGUGUCCUCGGUGCCAAACAGGAUGCACGCAAAAGCGAUUCCGCGAACAGCAAUUAUAAAGCGGAAAAAUUAUCGAAAAGCAUUUUGCUUUUCCUCGGAGGUGUCUGUCAACAAGGUCUAUCCGAGAUACCCCAUCUGCCGUCCGGAAAGUGCACUUCAAUGUUCAUCUUGAUCUUCGGCUAUCUCAUGUUCCAGUACUAUUCGGCCACUAUCGUCGGGUCGCUUCUCAUGGAGCCCCCCAAAAACAUUCGAACCAUUCGAAACCUCAUCGACAGCAAGCUCACCCUGGGAAUCGAAGAUAUUCCGUACACUAGGGAUUACUUCGUGCGAACCACCGACGAGGACUCGCUGGAACUGUUUCAAACGCGAGUGAGCUUCUACAACAGGAAAACCGGCCAGAACGAGUCGCACUUCCUCCCUGCAGCCGACGGUUUAGCCGAGGUGAAAGCCGGCGGGUACGCGUUUCAUGUGGCCGUUUCGGCUGGCUACAAAAUCAUCCGGGAAACGUUUAGCGAGCGGGAGGUUUGCGAAUUGGCCGAAAUCGACAUGUUUCCCAAGUCGGCCCAAUGGAUGGUAGCAAUCGUGCAGAAAAAUUCACCCUACCGGGAUGUUAUAACGUACGGAUUACGACGCCUGAAUGAAGCCGGCAUAAUGGACCACCAGAGACACGUUUGGCAGGAACCGAAGCCAAAAUGUGUGCGCAAAAUGGCACCGACGGAUCUGAUUGUUGGCCUGGAUAGUGUUUAUUCGGCGUUUAUCUUGCUGCUGGCCGGGGCGCUCGUGUCCAUUGGCUUACUGCUGAUUGAGAUACUGCAUCAUCAGUUGCGACUGGCGAAAAACGGCUGGCCACCGAGACCGAGCCACCAUCACCAUCAGCAGCAGCAGCAACAUCAUCAGCAUCAAUUCAAUGUCGGGAAUUUACCGCAGCACCAGAACCAGGGACAGAAAUCGACGCAGCACUGGGAUCACGACUUGGUUUAUCCCUAUGUUGAUUGAAUUGAUUUCGGUUGGUUGAGUUCGAUAGCUGGGAGGAGAUACAACACAAUACACAUUGUUGUGGCCUGUCGGGAUGGCACGGUGUAAUCUGCAGGGCAUUGGUCGAAAAUGUAGGUACCUACUGCAAAACCUUUGCCGCAGCUUUCAUUUACCAUAAUGAAAAUGUAUUCGAGUGUUUCAUGCGCAUGUAAUUCAGUUAACUUUAAGAAAUGUUCUA